CCGGCUGCGUGGGGACGGCUCCCUUGGCUCCGCCAGACUCUCUCUCUUUCUUUGCCCCCCUCCCACUUCUUUUUCCUGCGCUACCGGCGUAUCUCUCUGUAUUCGCAACUGGGCGCGAAGAAACCGGGAAGUUUCCGGAGCUAUUGCGGGACAGGACCCGCAGCUGCUGGUGCUGUUUAAACAAAAACAGCACACACCACCGAACACUGUUGGCCGCCACAUGCGAGCUCCAGGAACGCUGCCUGGGUGCUCCGUGUCUGCUUUCAUUCUUCCGACGUGGGGAUGGCAUGGAUUUAGGCAGCGACCCUUGCAGCAGCCGCUCCAGCUCGGAAUCGAGUUCCAGCAAAGUGACCCCUUGCUCGGAAUGCAAAUCUUCCCCGUCGCCGACCAGCCUGGACUUGGCUGCUUUGGAGGACUCGGAGGAAGACGACGAGGAGGGGGAGGAGGGCUUCCAGGUGUACAAGAGGAAGGUGAUUGACGCGUGGGAGGAGGACGGGGACUAUGCCCGCCGCGACGCCCCAAGCGCCCCUGCCAGGAGGAGUUUAGCACAGGAGCUGGAGGAGGUGAGGAGUACCAGUCUCGCCGCCACCCGCCCCGCCCCCGCCAUGCCGCCCCCGGCUCCCAACGGCAACCCCGCGCCUCAGCGGCGUCAUCGCCAAGCCCCCCACCACCCCCUGGACCUCCGGCACAAUGCCAACGUGGUGCCCUCUAGCCGCAGGAUUGGGCGCAAAGGCGGCGGGGGCUACGGCCAAGCCCCUCAUCUCCAGAAAGCCCAGCCCGGGGGCCUGGGCAGGCUGAGCAACGGGGGUCCGCUGGUUGCCUUCCACCCCUUGGAGAACUCCUUGGGAGGGACUGCUUGGAACGAGCAGGAGGAGCCUCCCCUACCCACGAUGGACUGGGAAGCGCUGGAGAAGCACCUGGCCGGGUUGCAGUUCCAAGAGCAGGAGAUCCGGAGCCAGAAAACCAACUACACCUCGGCUCCUCCCAGCCCCCCACGUACGCACCAAAUCGGGUGCUCUGGGGCAUCCUCCAAAUGUGAAUAUCAAAUGAGAAAAACAAGAACUGAAGGGGGCUUGAAGGAGUCAUCUCUGACACUGAAAGAUGUAGCAAGAAAGGCUCAAAAAAAUGAGAGGGAGUCUAUCAGGCAAAAACUGGCACUUGGAAGUUUCUUUGAUGAUGGCCCAGGAAUUUAUACCAGCUGUAGUAAAAGUGGAAAGCCAAGCCUUUCUUCUCGGUUACAAAGUGGGAUGAAUUUACAAAUUUGUUUUGUAAAUGAUAGCGGUAGUGACAAAGAUAGUGACGCUGAUGACAGCAAGACUGAAACAAGUCUGGAUACACCUUUGUCUCCCAUGAGCAAGCAGAGCUCUUCCUAUUCUGACAGAGACACUACCGAAGAGGAAUCUGAAUCUCUUGAUGACAUGGAUUUUCUCACAAGACAAAAGAAACUUCAAGCUGAAGCCAAAAUGGCCUUGGCGAUGGCAAAACCAAUGGCCAAAAUGCAAGUAGAGGUGGAAAAGCAAAACAGGAAAAAAUCUCCAGUAGCUGACCUUCUGCCACACAUGCCUCAUAUCAGUGAAUGCUUGAUGAAAAGAAGCUUAAAACCCACAGACCUGAGAGAUAUGACAAUUGGCCAGCUACAAGUGAUAGUCAAUGAUCUACAUUCACAGAUAGAAAGCUUGAAUGAAGAAUUGGUGCAACUGCUGCUAAUUCGAGAUGAAUUGCACACAGAACAGGAUGCUAUGCUGGUAGACAUUGAAGAUUUGACCAGUGCGGCCCCCUAUCAGUACCAUGGUAAUUUAGCACCAUUGCUGCAGACAAGGCAUGCUGAAAGUCAACAGAAGCACAUGGCUGAGAAAAUGCCAACAAAAUAAAAUGAGAAGCCAUCAGACUAAAGACACAAGCUAGAACUUUUUGCUUCUUGGUUGUACAAACGCUGAUGCUCCACGGGUGGCGCACAAGAAAAUCAGUGUUAGUCAUUGAUUCCAGGCGCAAUCUGCCAAGCACCAGGACCCCCACUUGAGCCAUUCCUUCAAACUAAUGGUGGAUGCACAGCAACAGGGCUUGGCGAAUUGCUCCCAAUGUCUGAAGCUUUAUGUCCAGUGAUUGGCCUAUGCUUUUUAAUUUAUUUGCUGUUGAGUUUAUUUUUUACUUGUGCCACUAAAUAUUGGACAGUUGAAUAAUCUUAUUGUAGAACAAAAUGUACAGUACUUAUAAACAUUGCAAACAUGAAGAAGAAAAGAACAGAGAGCGUAGUUUAACUUUUAUUUUUGUUUAUUUAGAGAAGCUUUAAGUUAAACAGUAUUUUACCAUUGACUACUUUUUAUUGUUUCACCGUAGUUUUAAACAAAUGAGACUGUAAUUUGACGGUGCUAUUCAAGUGAGAGAAAAACAUACAUGCCUGCCUCGUAGUGAAGUUGUAGUUUUCAGUAAUAUGUAUAUUUUAAUCAGUUUUCAACAUUUUGUGAAUGUUGACUACCUGACAUUCAUUUUUAGAUGUGCUAUUAACAUGCAGUUGAGUUGAAAGAUUACCUUGAAAGUUUUAUGUAUAAAUAUGUAAAAUAAAAAUUAAAAAUUUCUUUCAUAUAUGUCUUUUUGUUGACUAGUGGGACAAAAAGGUGAUUCAUCUGUAUUAUGUUCAUUCGACUACAUGUGAAAUUCCUGUUUUUCCCAUUUCAUAUGAAAAGUCUCAAACUUUUUUACCAUUCACUUGGAACACGGGUACAUUAUGUUAUAUUCACAUAAAGGGAGGCAUAUAAGGAAGAUUUAAAGUUAACAAAAAUACUAUGUGGACUAAAACAUGAAAGUAACACCUCAGCUGUAUAUAUAAGCCUGCAUUAAACUUUAACACAAUUGA